GGCCGGGCCUCACCGACCAGAAUCAGAGGACACGCAGCAUCCGGCACAACCGACUAUUCACAUACAACUACACCACGUGUCUACAGAGGAAACUGCGGACGUUUCAUUGGAGACAACGUUGAAUUUAUUAUUAACUUGUGCUCCAUGACAUGUUUGACACAGGAAACAUAAAAGCUUUUAAUCCUCCCCUGCGGAGGGACCCGGGGCCUCCCGCCCUUAAUGCAAAGACACUGCUGCUCAUUGACAUCGUUGCAGACCUUUAGGAAACUUUUAGGUGGAGCGCCCGUGCAGGAAGAGGCGGGACUCCUUUGGGAUGAUGGACGGUUUGGACGAGGACCGCAGCAGCUGUAGCACCGAGUCCAGCGGGGGCAGUGGAGUGUCCAGCCCUGAGGACAGUGAUGAUGAAGAGUUAGGAGGAGGAGGAGUGACUCAUAUCACACACUCGUCCUCCCUGACACUCAUCAAGACCAACGGACAGGUGUACACGUAUCCUGACGGGAGGACUGGCAUGGCAACAUGUGAGAUGUGUGGCAUGGUCGGAGUCAGAGAUGCUUUCUACAGUAAAACCAAACGCUUCUGCAGCGUCUCCUGCUCCAGAAGUUUCUCCUCCAACUCCAAGAAGGCCAGCAUCCUCGCCAGACUGCAGGGGAAACCUCCCACUAAAAAGGCUAAAGUGUUACACAAACAACCUCUGAUGACCAAACUCACUUCCUGCUCUCAGCAUCAGAUCAACCAGCAGGGCGGCGCCAAAAAGAGUGUUGCUGUGGACAUGUUUGACUGGGGUCGUUAUCUUGGACAUGGAGACGUGACAGGAGCACCGGUCAGCUGCUUCAAACAUGUCUCCAUGGAGAAGUGGUGGAGAGACAUCAGUGAAGGAGUUCGUCUGGAAGUUCUGAACUCUGACAGUUCUUUACCUAUGAAGGUGUACUGGAUCGCUGCUGUCAUUAAACUGGCUGGUUUUAAAGCUCUACUACGUUACGAAGGCUUUGACAGCGACUCGUCCAGAGAUUUCUGGUUGAACCUGUGUGUGCCGGACAUUCACCCUGUGGGCUGGUGCGCUGCAGGAGGAAAACCACUGGUCCCCCCUCAGGCUAUCCUCCACAGAUUCACUAACUGGAAAAGCUUCCUGGUUAAAAGACUGACGGGCUCUAAAACGUUGCCAGUGGACUUCUCCUCUAAGGUGCAGGAGAGUAUGCAGUUUCCAUUUAAGAAGCAGAUGAGGCUGGAGGUGGUGGAUAAGACUCAUCUGUGUCGCACUCGAGUCGCUCUGAUUGAACAAGUGAUCGGUGGACGUCUCCGUCUCGUUUACGAGGAGUGUGACGACGGGACGGACGACUUCUGGUGCCACAUGUACAGCCCGCUGAUUCACAGCAUCGGCUGGUCCCGAUCCAUCGGACACCGCUUCAAACGGUCUGACGUGUCCAAGAAGCUGGAUGCUCAGCUGGACGCUCCGGGACAGCUGUUCGCCAAGGUGAAGGAGGUGGACCAGAGCGGGCCCUGGUUCCAGGACGGGAUGAAGCUGGAGGCCAUCGAUCCGCUCAACCUGUCCACCAUCUGUGUGGCUACAGUCAGGAAGGUUCUGGCUGACGGGUACCUGAUGAUCGGUAUCGAUGGAUCGGAGGCGGCUGAUGGGUCGGACUGGUUCUGUUAUCACUCAACCUCCCCCUCCAUCUUCCCCGCUGGCUUCUGUGACAUCAACAACAUUGAGUUGACACCACCUCGAGGUUACACCAGCCUGCCGUUCAGAUGGUUUGAAUAUCUGAUGGAAAGCAAUACUGUGGCCGCUCCGGUCAACCUCUUCAACAAGGACAUCCCAAACCACGGCUUCUGUCCUGGCAUGAAGCUGGAGGCCGUGGACCUCAUGGAGCCCCGGUUGGUCUGCGUCGCCACGGUUACCCGCAUUGUCCACCGGCUGCUGAGGAUACACUUUGACGGCUGGGAGGACGAGUAUGACCAGUGGGUGGACUGUGAGUCACCUGACCUGUACCCCGUCGGGUGGUGUCAGCUGACGGGCUACCAGCUGCAGCCCCCUGCUGUUAACGCAGGCUCCAGAGAACUUCAGUCCAGUGCAUCCAAACAGAGGAAGAAGUCCCAGCAGUACAGAGGACAGAAGAAAAAGAGGAAGUUGCCCAUCGCUAAGCGACCAGUGAGUCUCUCUGGUGCCACGGUAACAGGCGUCCCCAGGAGCCUAUCAGGAGACGAGAACGAGACGCCGCCAGAUUACCCAUCACCCCCCACUCCCGCCCCAGCUGCCCCACCCCUUUCAGCAGAGCCAGAGAGCAGUGGCAUCCACGGCGAGGGCAGGGCAGCUUCAAAGGUUAAAGACGAGGACACUGCAGGGACACAGGUUUGUCCUGACAGGACUGAACCAGCAACCAACGGAUCCUCCGCACCGUUCUUCACCAAGCAGGAGCAGAAGUAGCCCCGCCCACCCACGCACUCAUCCUCCAUCCAGCAGAAGGUGCUGUGACAACAAGUUUGUGCAAGUGUUACUUUACUGUCCUGGGGCUAAUGCUAAGCUAACUACUCCCUGGGAGCCAAAGCUAAGCUAACUUGUAUCUUGGGGCUAAUGCUAAGCUAACUACUCCCCAGGAGCUAAUAAGCUAACUUAACUUGUUUAUAGUAAAGAUGAAGUUAACCAGUAAGAGAACAUCUCACCAGCAUCUGUCGUUGGAAUAAUCGCGACUUUCAUGACUUUGUGUCGCACUGGAUAUCAAAUAUUUCAACUAAAGCCAACAACGUGAAUUUUUAGUGUGAGAGAUUCAUUCAUUCAUUCGUGUGUGUGAGUGUGGGUGUAUGUGCGCACGUUAACUAAUGUUGUGGGGACCUAAACC